CGAAGAUCUUCAUCCCAAGAUCUUGCGACCUCUUCAGAUCUCUCCCACCCUUUCAAUUCUACCCUUCUCUCCAGGGUCUCGAUCCUCACAGUGCGGCGGGUGUCAUCCGGAACCGUGCGCAUAUUCUCCCUCACAAUGGCCGACUCCGUCUACUCAAAUUACCCUCCCCACCUGAACCCCGCACAGAAGGAGUUCCUCGUCCGGACCAUCAAGGAUUGGACCGUCCAACAUGGACUGAUGAUCCGUCCCGCUUCGACGUUCAUCUCGAAGGAGUCGGACCCUCAAGGCGUGGUGGCCACCAGCGCGCCUGUCACCCUGUUCCCCAGCCCUUUCCCCAAGUCUUGCUUCGAAGAGGCGCAGGCCCUCCAGACGGUCUACAACCGGCUCUACGCGGCCAUCACCUGUGAUGAACAAUGGAUUGGGGACAUCAUGGAAGAUCUCAUCGACGUGGACGACUUCAUCUCACACCUGUGGAAAGUUCACCUCGCAGUGAAGGAGGAAGGAUAUGCUCAAUCACUCUCCCUUGGCCUCUACCGUUCAGACUACAUGCCCCACGUCCCGUCGGCCUCGACUCCCCCGUCCUUGAAGCAGGUCGAGUUUAACACCAUUUCCUCCUCCUUUGGCGGGCUGUCUUGCCUUGUCGCCUCCCUUCACACCGAGCUUCUCAACUCGCCACCAGGCCACCCCAUUGCGUAUCCGUCGCACCCGUUGCUCGAUUCGAACCAGCCCCCCGAGAACACUUCGGUGGAGACCCUGUCCGCAGGCUUAGCUGCAGCACACACAGCCUAUGGGGCAUCGAAGUCAUCCCCCGCCCUUCCUACCUGCAUCCUCUUUGUCGUCCAGGAAAACGAAAGAAACGUGUUCGAUCAAUUGGCUCUCUCGAGACAGCUAACAAAGGUUCACAAGGUGCCUGUCUUCCGCCUGCUCAGCUCCGAGGUCUUCGAUCACACGCACAUUCCGGUCUCGAAUCCUUCCCGGCCCCUUAUAUACCGCCCCCCUCACGCCGACGGCGUGGAAUUCGAGGUCACGACGGUAUACCUCCGCUGCUUCUAUACCCCGACAGACUACAAAUCCGAACGGGACUGGGAGGCUCGCACGCACCUGGAGCGCUCCGCGGCCAUCAAAUGCCCCACCGUUUUAAACCAGCUUGCGGGAUGUAAAGUGGUGCAGCAGGUGCUCGCGGAAGACAACGGCCCGGAUCAUCUUGCCAAGUUCCUUGCUGGGACGGACCCAACCACGAUCGCGAGACUACGGGCGACCUUCGCCCCACAACAUGACCUUUCGUCGAGUGGUCGUGGUCGGGAGCUUGCCCUGAAUCCCGCGACCGCCGCGAAUCAUGUUCUCAAGCCCCAGCGUGAAGGUGGCGGCAACAACAUCUACAAGGAGGCCAUUCCCGAGUUCCUGCGAUCCCUCCCAGAGACCGAAUGGAAGCGGUGGAUCCUGAUGGAGCUGAUCCAGCCACCGGCCGAGGCCCAGAACGUGGCUUUGCGACCGGACGGCGAGGUGCUUAGUGGCCAUGUCAUCGGAGAACUGGGCAUCUAUGGAACGAUCCUCUGGGACCAAGCGGGAGGCAAGGUCUUGCACAACGAACAGGGCGGCUGGCUCAUGCGGACCAAGGCCAAGGACGUGAAUGAGGGCGGCGUCGCCACUGGAUUUUCCAGCUUAGACAGUGUGGUUCUCUACUAGGAUCUUGUAUGGUGCAUGCAUAUAUCGUCCGGUUAGAGCACGUUUAUAGAUUAUAGAAAAAUAUCGAAUCACUU